UUCAAACCGACAAACUGCAUCGAGUGAAUUUUACCGUAUGUUAUGAAAAGUAAAAACAUAACAUUAAACACAUGCCAAAAUUCAAGGGAAAGAACAAUCGGAAUAUUCCUUAAAAUGAAAAAAGAGAAAAAGGAAAAAAAAAUUAAAUGAAGGCGACAGGCUUCCCCACCCCAUCUUCUGCCCACAAAACAGCCGAGAACUCGGCCCCUUCUCGGUUCCUCUACCACCGAACACAACCCCACUCUCUCUAACCUACGCCGCCACUCUUAUCCUCCACCCCCUCCCUUAUCCUGCGCACUGCCUAUACCUUUUCCCCCAAUUAAAACCUAGGUCUUCUCCUUCUCUCCCUUCCCCAAUCCUCCAAGGGGUCCUUUGGGUUUUGGGUUUGGGUUUUUUCCGGAGAGAGAUGUGGGAUGCUUCAUGCAUUGAUGAAUCUUCUCUCGCUGUGUUGGAAGCCAUCCGGGCGCGGCGGCGGUGAGGGAGGAGGACUCGAGUCCAUCGGAAUCGUUGGCGCCAAUUUGGGCGGCGGCGGAAGAGAUGGAAAAGAUAGCUUGCUUUGGUUUAGGGAUAUCGGGAAAUACGCGUGGGGAGAUUUCUCCAUGGCUGUGGUUCAGGCCAAUCAGGUGCUUGAGGACCAGGGCCAGAUCGAGUCCGGACCCUUUGGGACCUUCGUCGGCGUUUACGACGGCCACGGUGGCCCCGAGGCCGCUCACUACGUCUGUGAUAAUCUAUUUAGACAGUUUCAAGCAGUAUCAGCGGAGACGGAGGGUGUUGUGACAGCGGAUACCAUUCAAGAUGCUUUUCGUCGGACAGAGGAAGGAUUUACGGCUCUUGUUUCUGAGUUGUGGAGUACUAGACCCAAUUUAGCGACUGUUGGAACAUGCUGUCUUGUUGGAGUGAUAUGUCGGGGGACGCUAUUUGUGGCAAGUCUUGGAGAUUCCCGUCUUGUUUUGGGGAAGAAAGUGGGCAAUACUGGGGAAGUUGCUGCUAUUCAGCUAUCCACCGAACACAAUGCGAAUCUUGAGGAGAUUCGGUAUGAGCUGAAAGAGCAGCACUCACAUGAUCCUCAAAUUGUCGUUUUAAAGCAUGGAGUUUGGAGAGUAAAAGGCAUCAUCCAGGUUUCUAGAUCUAUCGGUGAUGUAUAUAUGAAACAUGCAGAGUUUAACAGGGAGCCAAUUGCUGCAAAGUUCCGGCUUCCUGAACCAAUGAACAUGCCUAUCAUGUCUGCCACUCCAACUAUUCUUUCUCAUGCUCUGCAUCCAAAUGAUUCUUUUCUUAUCUUUGCAUCUGAUGGUCUAUGGGAACACUUGAGUAAUGAAAAAGCUGUUGAGAUUGUCCACAAGCAUCCUCAUGCAGGAAGUGCCAAAAGACUUGUUAAGACGGCCCUCCAAGAAGCUGCAAGAAAACGAGAAAUGCGUUACUCAGAUCUUCGGAAAAUAGACAAGAAGGUGCGGCGGCAUUUUCAUGAUGAUAUAACCGUUAUUGUUUUAUUCUUGAACCAUGACCUAAUCUCCAGAGGCACAGCGCAAGAUCCCCCAAUCUCAAUAAGAAGUGGUGUUGAUCACUAAUAAUUAUAUGUAACCAGACAUGUCUCCGCCACCCUUUUUUGGUCAAUCCCUGUGAUGAAGAAUUCUAAUGACGCAUAACUUCAGAGUAGCACUGAUAGGCCAACAAGAUCAUGGGAUACGAAGUUCACGAGUGAACAGGCUUGAAACCUUUUUGGGUUACCAGAGUUCUUAAGCUUUAAGUGCAAGAGAAUUGCUUUACAGAUAUUCAUGUAAUACCCUGCCAUAAAUUGUUAAAUGCAUCAUGUUUGCCUCUCUAAUACUGAAAGUGAGAGCAGAAGUUUUACUUAGUUUACAUAAUUUCCGAAACAACCAAGUGUCCCUUGUAUGCAGUGCUUUCUAAUCCAGCUCCUUGAAGGCACCUUUGUUAGUCUUAAUAAUUCUAAUGUAAAACAAGCUAUUUGAAUUAUAAUUCUUACAAGCCAUCAAAAGUGAAAGGGCCUGCGUUGUCCCGGUGCUCUGAUAAGUCUGAUUGAUACAAAUUUUUUGCAAACAUUUCCUAUUCCU